AUGUAUAGUGCAAAUAAUGAUGAUUUUGAUUCAUCUGAUAAUGACCAAGAAAAAGAUAGUAAUGAUGAUGAAAUAUUAGCCUCAAUAUCAACAUCUUCUUCAAAUUUGAAUUAUAAUCUAGAAGAGGAAGUCAAAAAAGUUCAAUGCUUAUUUGAUAGAUGUGAUACAGAGUAUAUGUGGUUAGGUUCAACAAGCAAUUUAUUAUCUUACCUUAGAGAUAUUCAUCAAAUUACCAAAGAAUCACUUGCAAAUAAGUUAGUAAAAGUUCAUCAACAAACAAUUCAGCAACCUAUUUAUCUUGUCGAAAUUGAUGACUUUAAGCUUUUGAUAAAAAGUUUUGAUUCUCGAUUUAAAAUGCCAUGUGUUAGUACAAUAAAAACGAUCAUAUUUGGUACUUAUACUUUAGUGGUAAAGCAAAUUAUAGAUCUUAUUUUAGGGAUGUCUGACACAGUUUCUUUAACCUUUGAUAUUUGGUCUUCACGAGUGCAUGAUGGUUACAUCAAAAUCACUUGUUAUUGGCUUACAGAAUCAUUUGAGUUGCACAAAAUUAUACUUGAAAUUGGGAAGUUGAAUAAUCAUUACGCAUUUGAUAUUGUAGAAUCUGUUAACUCUGUUUUGGAUAAAUUUAAUAUUAAUCGUCAAAAGUGUGCCGAGCAUAUAUUACAACUAAGUGUAAAUUUAGAACUAAAGCAAGUAAAUAAGCUUAUUUCAAAGUGCAAAACACUUGUUUCUAUUUUGUCAAAAGAAAAAAAAAUAAAACAACUUCGUAAAGCACAAUUACAAAUUAACCUGGGACUUAAAAAACCAUUAGAUGUCAUUAAGAAUAUGGAUAUCAGAUAG